AUGACAGAUGGAUAUCAAACUCGUACGACAGACGCUGUUCCACUGGACAAGGCAGUGCUGCCCCUGAAAGCAAUGGGAGUAAAAGUGUACGCUCUUGCCAUAGGACCCUACACCAAGGAUUAUGAACUGAGGUUGAUCGUCGAGAAAAAAGAAAAUGUUUUUCGUUCCAACUCCUUCUCUGGUCUUGCCCAUGUAAUAAGACGAUUGGCAACAACGACGUGCAUAAAUGGUUAGUGUGAAGACACUGUCUUUCUUCUUUAACUGUUAUUCGCUCACGGCUCAGAGAAUCUUGCUGAAUAAUCCACAUGACAAACACACUUAGAUGGUUCUCAGGGACCAAAAGAAACCCAUUAAAAUUGUUUAGAUUUAUCUCUUUUUCAGCAAUAUGCUCUCGCAUUUAAAAAACACGCUAUUGACACCAGCCAAACUGAUAAUGCUAAGAUUUUUUUUCUCAUGUCUUAUGGAUCGACACCUGGUUCUUUAUUUUAAUGUUUCAUUUCUAGAUGAGGUAUGCUUUGGCUUUAUUGCAUGAGUGAAACUAGGGUGAAAAAAAGUUCCCUUCCUUUCCGUAAUUUUUUCAAUUUAAUCCUGAGUGAAAGAAAAACAGUGAACCGGUAUAUAAAUUUCAACGCGAUUUUUUCUUUAUCGAGAAAGAGAUCGACAUCGUCAGAUGGAGAGAUGCAAAACGAAAAAAAUUCUUGCUUCCUUGAAUGUCAAAGAAACCUAAGCUAAUGAAUGAAACCUCCAUGCGUCCUCUGUACUUAUUAAUAAAUUGUAUAAAAUGCCAUCAUGUUUGACGCCAAAAGCUUGCAUUAAAUCUAACUCGGUAUUUAUGUAUUUACAGCUCUCCCCAAGGCGUUUGCAAUAUAUCCUUUGAAUCAACAAAAAAAUGGACGGGAUAUCAGUGCAAACAGAGCUCCAACGGGUAUUCUAAACUCAGUUAGAAGUUCAUUGGGACCUUACGGGCGACCAGGAGGAUCGUUUUACUUAAGGGGCACAUCUGACAGCUACAUCGACUUUCCAAACUAUCCUCGAGGGAAACUUGACACACUCAGAUCAAUUUCUAUCUUCCUGUGGAUAUAUCACAAAAGUAAACCUGGUCCUAUCGUCAACUAUCGAAGGAAAGGAUAUGGUAUUGGGCUUUGGUUGUCUGGAAAGCCCGGAAUGCGCAGACUAAAGGGUCGUAUUUACAGUCGUCGCUAUUUUUAUAGGAGAAAAAUCUACUCUUUUAAACUUCAGCCCAGGAAAUGGCACUAUGUAGGGCUUACGUACGAUAAUAAAAGAGGCGUUGCCGUAUUGUGGGUCAAUGGACGGGUGGUACGUAACAUGCCAACUGUUUUCCAUCUAUACUUGCUUUGUCUCUUACUUUGGCAUAACCUUUAAAGACUGUACAAAUGUCAAAUCAAAAACUAAGUACAGAUCUGAAUAGUUGUAUAGGUUUGAAUAAAUUACCUGCACAUUUCAAAAUGUUUUUAGAUAAAUGCAUAUAUGACUGAAUGAAUAGCAAACAAACAAAAGUCUGAUCAUCUUGACACUCUAAUAAUUAACAUAAAAACAUUUCUUCCUAUUUUUUUUUUCCUGAGAGAGCGGGGGAGACACUAUUUUUGGAAGCAGAUGGUUCUACAAUCGCCCUUUUCUCUUUCCUUUAUAACACCACCACGAACAACUUGAAAGGCAACAUAAGCUUUCUUAAUACGUGACUUUUAUCGAACUAUUUAAUGAAUCAAGAUAAUUUAAAAGAUUAAAAACACUGCUCAUUCAAAAGAGUAGCCAUUGUAAAUAGUUUGUCUCUCAAUUCAAAGCACGAUGAAAUAAAUGAAUUCAGUUUUUAAGUGAUCUUAAAAUUAUUUUUCAGUAGAAAUCAUAUAAAAGGUGUGAUUAUAAGGUCCUCAGUAACAGUCAGUAGUCCUAAAAAUGGGAAUUAAUAAGUCAGGCCGUUUAAAAAUGUGACUGUAACAGUCAAGUAGUCGAAGCCAUGACGAUACUUUUAAAUAAAAGGAAAAUGACACUCAAAAUGGAUUACACUGCAUGUAUUCCAGGAUGCAAGAGCAAAAAUCAUGUGCUUCCAUCUCAAAACCGGAUUAUUGGACUGACAUUUCAGAUUAAGAGAACAAAUGUUGCAGUAUUACAUUAACCGUACCCCAGUUUUAAGAUAAUUUCCAUUUCAUAAAAAUCAUUAUUUGUUAAUUUCAAUUUUUUCCAGGUUUCUCGUACAAGAGUGGGUCAUAUAUACCUUGCCACCCAACAUCCAGUUCGUAUAGGCGCAGUAAAGGGCAUACCACAGUACUUUAGAGGUCGUGUGACGUGCCUCCAAAUAUAUGGCAUGGCUUUGAAUCCCAGUCAAAUCGCAACAAUAAAGAAAAAAUGCGCCGCGAGAGACCGUAAGUACUUUGUUGCAGCAACAGCAGCAGUAGUAGUAGUAGUAGUAGUAGUAGUUGUUGUAGUAAUAGUGGUAGUAGUUACUGUAGUAUUAGUGGUGGUGGUGGUUGUGGCGAUAGUAGAGGUAAUAUAACUUGCAUGUAGUAGUAGUGAUAUUAGUUGCAGCACAUGUAAUAGUUUGGUUGUAACGUAAGAAAGAAAGUUAUUAGCUAAGAAACAGAACCUGAACGUAAACCUUCAUUACAUACAUGUAAUUAUCCUCAAUAAAAGGGAGUCGCCAAAAUUUUCUAUUCUUACAAGUGAGAUUAAUUGUAACUGCAUUUUACAAAACAAAUAAUUUAACACUAUUCCCAUUUGGAAAAGGACUUAAUUGCAAAUUCCAAUUCUGCAGAGAAAGAUCCUUGCCUUUCCAGUCCCUGUAAAAAUGGCGGAAGCUGUAUCGUUGACGAAGACGAAAAAACUGGUUAUCGCUGCCGCUGCAGACCAGGAUAUCGCGGUCAUAGAUGUGAAGGUAACAUGUCACUUUGUUUAAAUAAUGACCGAUCGCGAGCGAAAAAUUGCUCGGACAAAAAAAAGGCCUAAGUACGCAAUAAGCUACCUGAUUUGAAUAGAGAGUCUUCACAUGACGCCACGGCGGCCAUAUUGGUGUUCCAAAACAAUGAAACGGCAGUCAUGCUGGUGUUCCAUGCUAAUCUCCUGUGGGAGUUGAACUCUUUUCUUAGGUAAACGCAUUUUUUCCCAAUAAAUUUGCAUAGAUGCUACCCACCUGAGUGAAAACGCUCUAUUAGAGGACAGAGAGAAUGGAUUUUUACAUGUUGGUUUUGUUCAUUGUUGUUUUUGGCUGCAGCUACACUCGUCCAUGAUAUUCAGUUGAUGGGCAAAAACAUUAUAUAAAUGUGUUAUUUCUUGAAAAAUUUUGGGUUUAUCAUUUCAAUGAAAUAACCACUCAGAAUCGUCGAAAUUUGUCUCCUUGUUUUUACAGUCAAGCCACCAAGACCAACUGCAAGACCGACUGGAAGACCCACAGGAACACCAACCACAAGAUCAACAACAGGUAAAGAACAGGCUUUAAAAUCAGUACCAUAAUUCCGUUUCCUAGAAUUCGGUUGAUCAGCUUCUCCAAAUCAAUCUGUGGAGAAUUCAAACAAAAUUUAGUAAAACUGUUUACAAACAAGUGGUUGGACGCAUGUCAAGAGUAGAUAACGUUAAUGUUAAUUAGACAUUAACAAUUAGUUCAUGCGUCAGCGUGCGUAUGUGGAGAUAUUGAGCACGCGCGAAGUUUGGAGAGCACGAAAGAGGCGUAAGAGUUGCGCGAAGCGCAGCCGAGUGCAACUCUAGCCUCUUGAGUGCUCUCCAAACUUCCCAAGUGCUCAAUAUCUCGACAUACGCACAGCUGCAGCAUGAACUAAUUGUUUUAUAACAUUAUCAAAGCGAUCAAUGCAGCAGUUAACUGAAAAUUUUAUUAUUGUAGGGCGCGCUCAAAGCAGUACGCGUCAAUGUUUACGUGAAUAAAUUUUUUUUCCCUUACAGUUAAUCUUAUGUUUUUAUCCUGAAACUGAGAGAAAGUGCACUCUAAAAUGAUUGUAAAAUCCAUAUUUAGGUGGCGGAAAACUAUUAAUUUACCGAAAAAUUGUUAUUGAGAGAAAAAAACUUUGCAAAGAAUGAUCUCACGCCAUAGCCCGCACAGCUCGCGGAGAUGACAACAACAACAACAACACUCACCUCUUUUCCUUACUAUCGGUUAACAAAUUCAAACGUUUCCUCUGAAAUUUCCUUAUAAAACACAUGGUAAACGGUUCAUUGUCAAUUGCUGAGUUAUGGAUACACUCAGGACACUCAGGAUUGCUAAGCUCACAACAACUCGAGGAAUUACGAAUAGUUUAUUGACGUCAUCAGCGUGCUCAGUAGGAAUAUGAAGCACGCUCGCGCUAUUGAAUUUGAUUAGGCGAAUUUUCUAGCUAUGUUAUAAUACAAUUUAUAUUUAAAUUCGUAUUACCAAAAAGAUAGAGUACAUGGUGAGUUCGCUAAUUGCCAAAUGCCGCGCGCAUAUGACUCUGUUUGAUAAACAAAUCAAUCAGAUUCUUAUAUUGUAGGUUUGUUGAUUUAGUUUUUAAUGCGCAUUAGUCAUUUCAAGGUUAAACAAAAUUCGCUCUAUCAAAGCAGCCGUUACUUUAGAAGCUCAAUUGAAACUGCACUAUCUGUACUUCCUUGUAAGGUUCACCUGGUAGAAUUGUCAGUCCAACUCCAAGUGCAAGGCAAACUAGUACCCCAUCCGGCACACCAGGAGUUACCACACCUGGAGUUACAACAAAUAUACGUAGGUAUCCUUUAAGCCUUUUAGUCCAAGAGAGUGACCAACGUCGAUAUACUCCUAGCAAUAUCAGCACAUUAUUUAAAACUGAAUCAUUGGAUGAUACAACUCUAGAGCUUUGAUUGGCUUAGCCAUCAUGUUAUAUGAGCCAUUAUUAUUCAUUCAAAAUAUUUCCCCGAUUCUGAUUGGCUAAAAGCAAACGCAUAAUUUAUCAUAACCAGCUACUGAUGCCCAAUUUUGAAGAAUUUUGCAAUUAUUGAACCGUUGAUGUCAAAAGUGCAGCUUCUUGCUGGUUAAUGCACCACACAAUAGCAACACAAUAUUAAAACGCGAUCAAAUAAAAAUAAUAACAUUGCCGCUUUAUUGUAUAAUGGUAGCUCAUUGAGUGCCGUUUGGCAUGACUUGAUUUUAGCUGGCUUCAGAAUAGAAAUUGUAGAGUACAUCAACCGAUUCCGAAGGCUUCAUGGAGCAGGUCCUCUCAUUCUCUCCACUCGGAUUUCCGUAGCAGCGCAGAACUGGGCACAAACGUUAGUCGCAAGAGGUACUACUUCAAUUGAUCCAAAUACAAGUUAUGGAACGAAUGUUUUCACCAGAGUUGGAACUCAAACAGGAUUGGCUCAAACGGUCGUAAUCACGUGGUAUACAUCUGUCAAGUAUUAUGAUUGGGCGAGGCGAAAGCCAAAAGUGCUUGCGUUGCCUUUCAUUCACAUGAUAUGGCUUUCAAGUAACUUUGUAGGCGUUGGGCUGGCUAGAUCACCAUCUUCAAAGUUCUAUGUUGUUGUCUACUUUGAUCCCAUGCCGGGAAAUAAGGACCCAUUACUGAAGGACAACGUUCUUCCCUAUACAGGUAAUACAUAGAUUUAGCCAGGGCUAAAAGCGAAGCUCUGGUUAAUAAUACAUAAAAACAAAAAAAUUAAAUCGUGUAACGCUAAAGUAGGACAAAAAUGAAAAUGGCUUUAAGACUAAUAGAUCUAAUUAGCAAAAAAACAAAUUGCACGUGCAGCACACUUUUUCUUCUAAUUAGCAAAAAACAAAUUUGCACGUGCAGCACACUUUUUCUUCUAAUUAGCAAAAUACAAAUUUGCACGUGCAGCACGCUUUUUUGACUUUCCCUUGCCGUUGUUUUGCACAACUACAACGCUGUUUUGUACGACUAAAACGUCAAAAUUCCUAGUUACACAUUAUUUUUUUGGAGGAAUUGUCGUAUAUGCUUACCCAAUAUUUUGUUUCCUGUGUUCAUGUUCGCUUUUAUUUUUCACUGUCGCUCAUUUUCGCCUUGCUGGCCGCUAGCAUUUCUCAUUUUCUCACCGCUGCUUUGAAUUUCCAUGUUUUUCUUCCUACGAAAUUCGUCUCCUUUGUUUUCAAUAACUCGCUCUGGCUCUUUGUCUGUUAUCCACGUUAAUGUAAACCUAAAAAAUAACGCCGAAAAAGACACGACUUUGUUGUUUUUUUUUCUUUCUAAAAGUCCGGGCUGCCAUGUGAUUUCCUUCCAAAUAUAACCUUGAGUUGCAUUUGGGUUGCCAUACCUGUUGAUUGAGUUAUUUUACAUUGGUAUGUCUGUGGUGCGGACGGACGGUCGGGCGGUCGGUGUACGGUCACGUGAUUACCAAAUUUUCUCGGAUGGGUAGAUUACCACAUUUUCUUAGCUAUGGGGCUUCGCGCAGCGCGUAGAGCUCCGCUAUUAUGCUUAUCUUUCAGCUUCAAAACUAUCUAUUAUAUAAACCUCACACAAGCUUCUAUGGUUCUACUACUUAGUAAGGAAGGAAUUUAUGCUUAUAAAAGAGUUAAAAUCUGACAUCAUGCUGUCAAAUUGCGGCAAACUUGCCUCCCACCAUAUAAACGCCUGUAAAUUUUCGCAACUUUGGGGAGCUAUAUGUUCUUUAGUUUUCUACAAAUCACUUUUAAACUUGGCAGUUUUACUUAUUUUAACGCGCUCUUUCCAUUGAAUUUAAAGGAUUUUCCCUAACUGGUCCAUGUCAAAAAAAACGUGGAAGGAUCUUUUGUACCGCACUGGCGUAUGGUCUUAACUUUGUAGGACUUUGCCUCAAUAUUCGGUAACUAGUACUCAGCUGCAUAGAAUAUUGAAGAAACGAUGUUCGCAUAACGCCAGGUUAAAACGUUUUUUUUUCGGGGUGAAUUCUUUUUGUCCUACUUCAUCAACUGUAUUUGUUUGUUUGUCUGUUUAUUUAUUUUAUUUCUGCACGAUAUUAAAACCUAUUAAUUAGUGGCGAUCUUUUUCAUUUUCAGACGUAUAUAUUUUGAUGCAAAAUGGUAAGUGACCUCUGUUACCACUACUAAAAUUAUUUUCAUCAGCAUUAUUCUCAGUAGGAGUACUAACAAUUUGUAAUUACUUAUAUUUCAAAUUAUCAGUGUACUGUAACCCGGGCUAUAAAAAGCACGAAGGCACGUGUUACAGGUUUCACACGGACAAGCAAACUUGGGAUGGGGCCCUGUUUCAGAGUGCCAAGGAUAACGCCACCUUGGUGUCCUUUCACGCGUCUCACGAGGAGGCGUUUGUACAGACGCUGGUGCCCCCCGGAAACACAGGAUUAAUUUGGACCGGUUUAAAUGACAGAAUAACUGAAGGGACGUAUACCUGGUCUGACGGUACAAGCGUGGAAUACACCACUUGGAAAGCGAAUGAACCAACCGGAAAAAAGGAGGACUGUGUAGGCGUGGAGGUGAUCAGCUAUGGGACUAUGUCGGACGUUCCAUGUACCGAGCCUCAUUACUAUGUAUCUAGGCAGCCCCUUGAAGGUAACGAUUUUGCAUCCCUCGAUAAAAUCACUAUCUCUACACUUUGACGGUAUAACCAGUUAUUGAAAGUGUGACCAGAGGAGGACAGACAAACAAAAUUGAAGAAACGAUAUGCAAUGUCAUCUGAAAAGAAAGAACACAUGUUCUAACCGCUAGUGAAAGUCCAGCCUUUUUAUUGCUUGAGCAGAAAUUAUUUUAGCCUCAAAAGAGACAAUAAGCCAGAUUUAGGAUUUCAUAGAAUCAGGUCAAUUUCAAAUUAAUCGGUCGUGAUGUUUUACAUCACUAACAGCACGCCCUGGCUAAGGAACAGUACUGUUCAGUUCAAUUAUAGAUCACAGUACAGUCGACUGGUUAAUUUGAAGGAAAACAGGUACUAGGAAUAAAGGAGAACCAGUGAACUUGUGACAUAUACUAAUCAUAAAAUAUUUCAACAUUUUAGGCUUGAUCACAUAUCGCACAAAACUUCAGUUUGUGUCGUUGCUGUGGACAGACGAGUUUGGCCAGUCAACCUCGCUCCUUUACAUGCAACUCAAAGAAAAGAUAGAAUCACAGGUAUAUACUAUCACAAAUCUGAAACAAGAGAAGACAAUAUCUCAUUAUCCUCUCUUAGAUACUCAUGGUUUAGUGGUAAGCAUUAAAUGCUGAUAUAGAUCCUUUUCGCAGGCGCUUUCACUGGGACUUUUAAUGGACAGGCAACUUAUCCACUGCACCUGAUCUACUGUACAACUGCAUACGCAUGCAAUUAAUACCGUGGCUGGCAACGUUCAUAACUUAGUUAUCCCGCAAUCAGAACACAAGAUUUUACUAUUUUCCACUUAUUGCAAGCCAUAUUAAGGUGGCUCGACUGGAUUUUUUGGGGUUGAUACCUCCCAAGUUUGAGCAUUAACUAUGUCGGCAUGAGUAAAGAUAUGGAAAAAAGGUUGCCACAACUGUAUUAUGUAAAGAUGAAAAUUUCUUAUGAUCUGGGUUUUAUUGCAAUCGGAGUCGCUAUGGCAACUUAAUAACGCUAUUACGUUUUUCAUUUAUCUUUGAGUUUCUCUGUACCGGGAGUUUUUUGAAGAAACCACUUAAGGGAGCAUGUACCUGCUAUAAUUGCCUCCAUUAUGGCAAAGUUUGAACAAAUUCUAUGAGAGCGUUUUCGAAAUAUUUUGAAAUGCAGUUUUAAGAAUCGUAAAAACAGUGAAAUAGCAUGUUAGCCACACAAUUCGCUAAUAUUUUAAGAAAAUGAUAAGCUUUGGGAACGAGGCUUCAUCUCAUAGUGGUUUGAUUCCAUUGAAAACUGCAUACAAAAAAAGAGGGGAAUUGCUCUGGGCGAUCGCGAGUAAGAAGAAUGUUAUUAACUUGCACUCAGCUGCUUUUGGUGCAGUUUUUGGACGUAAUUUGGUCCAUGCCUAAAAAUUUCGCAUUUUUCCAAAAACCGCUCGAUAAUUUUUUUUAUAAAUUCGACAAUCUCGAGAUCAAUCGUCAAGAAAUAUUCCCUGCAAGUUUCAAGAACAUUGAAAACAGGGAAGGCUUUUAAAUAGGGGCUCAAAUAUAGCCAAUUUUCUCCCCAGAUUUUGUGUUUACAAGUGAGCGUCCUCAUUAUUCACUGGCAUUGUUUUCAAGUUUCAUAUGCACGUGCACAACUAGCAAAAGAUAUAAAUUUGCAUCAAAAAGAACUCUCGAGUACUUUCCGAAGAAAUAUCAGGAAUAUGCUAAUAAUUGCCUUGUCGUCACUGAUAGCAGUGAGAGCUGAAACGGUGAACGUCAUGGCUCAUCGUGUAGGAUGGAAUACUUAUCUUACUCGGGUUAUAACAUCACAGAAACUCUCACAAAGAGUUGCUCUGAUGUUAUAAUGUAUCACUAAUCUCUUUACCCGGUAAUUAGCAUAUCCCGGAGUUUUAACCGAGGGUCCUUUUUGAUGCAAAUUCUAUCUUUUUGCUAAAUGUGCACGUGUAUAUGAAACUUGAAAACAACGCCAGUGAAUAAUGAGGAAGCUCACUGGUAAACACAAAAUCUGGGGGAAAAAUUGGUUAUAUUUGAGGCCCUAUUGAAAGCAUUCCCUGUUUUCAAUGUUCUUAAAACUUGAAGGGAAUAUUUCUUGACAAUUGAUUUCGAGAUUUUCGAAUUUAUAAAAAAAUUUAUCGAGCGGUUUUUGGAAAAAUGCGAAAUUUUUAGGCAUGGGUCAAAUUACGUCCAAAAACUGCACCAAAAGCAGCUGAAUGCAAGAUAAUAACAUUCUUCUUACUCGCGAUCGCCCAGAGCAAUUCCCCUCUUUUUUUGUAUGCAGUUUUCAAUGGAAUCAAACCACUAUGAGAUGAAUCCUCGUUCCCAAAGCUUAUCAUUUUCUUAAAAUAUUAGCGAAUUGUGUGGCUAACAUGCUAUUUCACUGUUUUUAUGAUUCUUAAAACUGCAUUUCAAAAUAUUUCGAAAACGCUCUCAUAGAAUUUGUUCAAACUUUGCCAUAAUGGAGGCAAUUAUAGCAGGUACAUGCUCCCUUAUGCGAUUUCUUCAAAAAAACUCUUGGAACAGAGAAAUACAAAGAUAAAUGAAAAACGUAAUGGCGUCAUUACGUUGCCAAGGCGACUCCGAUUGCAAUAAAACCCAGAUCAUAAGAAAUUUUCAUCUUUAUGUAAUACAAUUGUAGUAACCUUUUUUCCAUAUCUUUACUCAUACCGACGUAGUUAAUGGUCAAACUUGGGAGGUAUCAACCUAAAAAAAUCCAGUCGAGCAACCUUAAAACUAACGUUUUGAUCCUUUUUUUCUUUUUAGAUCCUGGUAAUUUUCAAAAAGGACCAAACAUUUGUGUCUGGAUAUGUUGAAGAGUUCAGGUAGUCGGCACUCCAUUUCAACUUUAUUUAUCUCGUAUACAAGGAAAAGCGGUGUAAUCAGUAUAACUGACUUUGUAAUUAUUCCAUUUGUUUUUUGCAGCAAACGCACAAGAACUCGAUCGCAACCUACCAUCUCACCGACCAAACCCGGAGUCCCAACCCCUGGUUAUAAAUCCACGUCGUCCGGACCUACAUCGCUUACUCAGGCUACUGCUGCUACCACACCGACCUCAAGGAGGAUCACCACUUCAUCCACUUCGUAUGUGGCUCUUUAUUUAAGCAUAUUACAGAGAUUUGGGUGUUAAUUGGUUUAUUAAUUGGACCUAAUAUAACUGAAGUUGGCUGUUUUUGCACUCUUAGUAGGAAUCCCACAGUGACAGUGUCACUCAUUUUGAAGUUUGGUCCUGGUGUUGAUCCGGACCCGACAAAACCGAUUCAGAACCUAUUAAGAAAGAAUCUUGGGCGACUUCCAGCUCCAGUUAACCAGAAGACUCUUAUCCAGUCUGUUAGAAUUGUACAUCCAGGUAUGAUUAAUUUUUGUUGCCUCGAGUGUAUUCCUCUGAGACACUAUUUUUCUUUAACUUGCCAUCAGAGCCGAAAAGUAAACGCGUAAGGGGGCAAAAUAACUUUACUUUUUAGAUAUAUUGAUAUUGAUAAUGAUGAUGAUGAUGGUCAUGAUGAUGAUGAUGAUGAUGAUGAUGGUAAACUUUCAAAUUUUUGAGAAAAUUACACACAACUCAUUUCUUAGAAUCCCCACACUCUCGUAACAAAUAAGGCAUUGCGAAUGAAAAAAGCCCAUCUUAUUGUAUUUAGUCAUCAAUGCUUAGGGGGCAGUAGGAGUUCCAUCAUAAGGGAACCCGCAUGAUCGUGCCCAUGUGACAUCUGAUUGAGGCUUUCAUAAUUGCUACUUUUGUAGCAAUUUAAAGGUUAUGAAUUGUAAAUAUCAUUUAAGAUGGGAAAUAGAAAUUUUGCUGAAACCGUAAUUGACCUUUGUUCAUAGCUUUUGAAUUUCAAACUAGUAUGCCGGAUCUGCAUUGUUAUAUUUUGUUCCAGUAAACAAGCUUCAGAUUUUGCAUUUAAUUCUGGUGACUACAAAGGGAAAAACUAUAUAAAUAAAAAGUUAAGGGCAUAAGUGUUUUUGUGUGUUUGCUACCAUUUAGUAGUUAAAUUAGGAGCUAUGAAUAAACCAAAGUUAUUUGAAACUAACAAUCACUGGAAAGACUCAGUAAAAAUUUCUUUAUUCUUUGCAGGCGUUUCACCGGCUGUUUUAGGAACCUGCACCUCUAGCUGUCUUACAACUUGUGUGAUCAGUUGCAAUCCGUUCUGCUGUAAUUCCAGAAUAGCAGCCAGUAAUAACGCCCAGUUUCCAGGCAUGCGGCACACGGUUAUAGCACAAGCAUCUCAGAAAGGAUACAUCAUGCCUAAUUCACGUGCUCAAGUAAACUCGAUUCCGGUCCAAAUAGUAGCACCACAGUCCAGGCCGAUGUCAUAUCCAGUGACCCUAUCUGUGCGAUGCAUUCCACACUUUCUUAGACCAUGUCCACCUGGAACACAAGUUUCACAGACGGUUCGGGGUUCCUAUAACAUUCCUCUUACUGGUAUUCCUGGAAGGAAAUUGCAGCCGCAGACACGCCCAUUUGUCGCCCUGCCUCAACUGACUUUACCUAGAACUCCUCUCCUGACACCAAGCUAUCAAAAUCAGCGAGCAUUUCUCCAAAACAUGUUUCCUUCAUCGAUGCAGUCUCCGUGUAUUCCCAGUGCAUUCAACCCAUGCUCACCACAGACUAAGCCUCCUUUAAAAUCCACAUCAGUCAUAGACUCUCCAAUUCAUGUCAUGCAUCUUCAAACCGCACCACGUCUCCCUAGUAUGAUACAGCCACCAAAACCACCUACCAUGAAACCUACAUCAGUGGUGGAUACGCCACUUCAUGUGAUCCACCUCCCUCCUGUACCACCUCCUUCUAGCUUCAUGCAGCCACCCUGUAUCCCAAGUGCUUACAACUCUUGCCCCCCAGUGACUCCACCCACCAUGAAACCUACAUCGGUGGUUGACACACCUCUUCAUGUGAUACACUUGCCACCUCCACCGCCAGCUUUCCCGCUAGUUUCCCCACCAUCUACGCCAUUUUUUCUUCAGAGACCUUCAUUUGUACCUGUAAUGUGUAUUCCCCGUCCUUAUUAUCCUUGCCCACCCAAAGUAAAGGCAAGGAAACUAUCCAAACCCUUACAUAGGAAGGGAAAGUCUCGAACAUUUAUGCCCAAACCGAUUUUGGCAGCGUACCCUUACCCUUAUGGCGUACAAUCCUAUCCUCGCCCUUCAUUUGUAAGUUAUAUACCCUUCGCCCCGCCAGCAAUGUCUCCCUCUUUUUUAUCAAUGCAGCAAAGGCAAUAUCAACCUCAGCCAUUUGGCUUAAAACCACCAUUUCCUUUUUACACUAACCCCAUAUGGCCUCAAAUGAUGCAAAGACCCGUCGGAAUAGUCCCGGUGCCUCAACUUCGCUAUGCAACCGCGAUUAAGAAAGCUGUAAAUGACAACCCAAAGCAGCCAAAUUCUAAUCCAAAGCCCAUUCCUGCUAAAGGACCUAUUUCAUUGCAGGGCUCUUUAUUUGUUUACCCCAAACAAGCGCCAGCCAUACCACCACUACUACCUCCAGUAGCACCUCAGAUGUCUUAUCAAUGUAUUCCAUCUCCUUAUAAUCGAUGCGUUCCCAUUCCCCCUUUUUCAGUGACACAAAGGCCUUUUCAAGUGGUUAAUCCCUGCAUCCCUUCUUUAGCGAAUCCUUGCCUUACCAAUGUCGUUAAGCCAACAACUAAACCCACUAAAACUGCACCGAAAGCAGCAGAGAAUAAACCUAUACUUUUAACGAGACCGUUGCAACUGCAAGGUAGUGUUUACAUCAAAUCUAGCCCUGCCCGUUCAGGUACAGCGUAUCCAGCCGCUACUCCAUGCAUUCCAACUGUAUCUAGACCAUGUUACCCUGUGCGAUCACCUGGUCAGCCCCUUAGGCCACAAGGUUUUGUAUCCCCUAAGACUUUGAAUGUAUUUUCUAGAGUAAAGCCUCUCCAACCCCUUCAAUUGCAACAACCAAUAAGGAAUGUUGCCUCACCCGUUUCCAAUUUAAAUGUACCACAACAAUCUUCAGCUGCUUCACAGUCAUUUGUUGUCGAACUUCCUGAAAUUUCUUUACAUUAUCCUGCACCAGCACCUCCGUCUCUUUUGCCUGCCUUCCCAUAUCAAGCUCAAGCACGCAACUGUCCAAUUUCUUGUGUGCUCAGACCAGGCCCCUUUUGUCCUCCAUACUGUUCAGCGUCUUGUUGCAAAAGGAAAAGUGCAAAUCAUCAUAAACCUAAAACGAAAAGCCAAAAGGAAAAACCCAAAGCAAAAAAGAGAAAACAAAAGAUUCUGAAAAUUAAGAAACCUAAAAACGGAUAGCUUGAUCUUUAAUUAAAACCAACGGUGGAAACCUGAUUAUUCGAACCACCUACGGAAAAAGAGAUUGAAUCAAAAGAUAUCUGGGGAUUAGCAAAACAAACAAUGUAGCAUUUAAGUGUUUGCUUCGGAAGGAAAUUCAGUUUUGAUUAGAAUAAACCGUAAGGUUGUUGAAAUCGAGAUUCCACUGUUCAAUUAGACAGCGUAAGUUUGUUGUUGUUCUUGUGUGGAAUGGGGGAGGCGAAGCAACAACAUGCAAGUAACAGCAGUGACGGUAGAUAAAUUGUAAGGACCAUUUUCAAGGGUCUUGCUAGUGUCAUUCUGCCUUGAACCUAGCACAGUAAAGAGCAACAUGGUCUCAGACGUUAAAUUUAGAGACUCAUUCAAUUUAAGAAUUAUUUUCUUUGGACACGCGGCAGAAGCACGACGAGAAUUAGCCUAUGUAACGUAAUUUAGAACAGAGAAGUCUUUUGCUUCGCUUUAAAUUUGCGUGUAGUAAUGUUUCUCUCUGUAGUGAUCAAUGAAAUAAACAUAGCAAUUUUCUACACAUACAUCCUGCGUCAUAUGUUGUCAAUUACUGUAUUCAAUUUUUAGACACUUAUUGUUUUAGUGAGAUUGUGCACCCCGGAAGUAGGAGAGGUGCGGGUUAAAAGACUUGGUCCAUUUUGAGGGGGACAUGGGGGUUUACGGUAUUGCGGUAUUGGGCUUUUUUUCAUGCGGUAUUUCGGUAAUUUUAAUUUUAACGUGCGGUAUUGCGGUAUCAUCUAGCUCUGCGGUAUGCGGUUUUUCAUCAUUUUGGCUGACGGUAUUCGGUUAAAUAAGAUUGUUCACGGUAUCAUGGUACCGUUUAUUUGCGCUUUCCAUUCGAUACAAUACGCAAAACAAAACACAGUAAGACACACAGGUCAAUAAAAGUUAAUAUUUAGAAGUCUUGAGAGAUAACGGUAAAUGAUUACACCAUUUGUGGGUCAUUUUGUGACAGUUAAUGGUCGAUAAUAUACAAUGUGGUUGUUGUUGCAUCCAAUGAUAAUGAGUCGUCUCAAGUUACCUUACCAGGCUUGUCGAUCUGUGUACCUGUACCGGUAAUUCGAGGUCUUAAACGUUUUCUCACAAUGUCUGAGGUCGCUGAGGUUGAAGACGGCGAGGUCAUCUUUGACUGUGUGGCAAUUUUUUAUGAACAGGAAGAAGGAGGCGAAGAUUAUCGCAAUAAGAAUAAGUUUAGAUGUUGGGUUUCGAGAAUUGAAAAACGCCUUGUAAAGUUAAAAGAGAAAAUUUGGUUUAACAGCGCGGCGUCAUCCUCGGAGACCCAGGGGCAGAUAAAGGGGGCGAGGGAAAGUCUAAACGGGCGGAAAAAUAUGGCACGAAGAAAAGUAAAGAACGGCGAGAAGAGCCCCUGGGGACAAUGUCUUACCAGACCAGUUCCAAACGGUCGCCGCCGGUCUGGCUUCUGAUUGGUGCCAGAAAACUUGUGUUUUUCUGGCACCAAUCAGAAGCCAGAAAGCCAGAACGAGAGACUGACCUGCUAGACUAGACUCACUUUAUAUCAAAACUCGCACUAGACGUGCGUAGAAAGGGUUUUGGUUGGUUUGUUUUUCGCGCUUUCAAGAGUUAUUUUUAUUGGAGUUAAUUAGCUGUUGGGUCGAAAUACCAAAAGACUGAACGAAUGUAGUUUACUUUUCAGUGAAAAUUUGCGGAAAAUUGCGAACUACCAAAAUAUUUAAAAAAAGAUGGACAUCUGGUGCAUAAAUGCCUGAGAUAAUUAAACGCGCUACAUGGAAGCAACCAUAAGUAUGCGGAACCGAUUAUAAAUGUGAUUAAAAUAUGCGGUAUCGGUAUUUAGACGAUUUUCGACGCGGUAUUUCGGUAUUUGCCAUUUUUUCCCCCCUCCAUUUUGUUCUUAAUUGGGUUGAACAAUGAUCAAAUUCUCAGUAAAGCCCCAAUUGGAACAAUGUUUUGUUCCAAGUUUAUGCAAGCACCGACAAGGUUUGAUUGGGUUCUGACAUUAAUCUAAUAAGUUCUGUCUAAUAACAUGAGAGUUCUCGUGGACUCCAAGCCUUCUUUUUCAAUAACAUGAUGAAGAGAAGAAAGCCAAAGUCUUGCUAAACUGAUUUAUUGGAUGGACGUGAACAGAAUAUCAUAUUAAGUGCAUGGACGGUCAUAGCAAGGUCUGAAGAUGUAGGUUUUUUUAUCUGAAGGGUCGUGGAAUGGUUAGCCGGGAUGGCCCGCUUUACGGGAUUGGCUCAGCUCAUGCCUAGUUUUCUCUUACAGUUUUUGUUGUGGGCUGGUUCGCUUGCCAAGAUCUCGGCUCGAGCAACCGGAAUUUCGGCAAACCGAGGCAUCCCAGCCGCCUUCUCAUAUAAACACAACAAAAAUGUUAUGAUCAUGAGCCGACUUAGCCUUGAAAAGCGGGCCAGCCUGACCCGACUGUGUUCGAAGUCAAUCAAAAAUUGUGCUUUGAUUAAGUUUCAUUGAUUUUUUGCUCUUAUCUGUUCGAUUUGUUACUCAGGGCUGACGGCUGAUCCGCAGGCCCUUUGUUGAUUGUCUCGCUUCACCAUCUCGGGAAGCUAAGUUUGAUUGAGACUCAGUCUCCCUUAACAACUUAUCUCUAGUUGCAGUUCCCAGGGGGGGUACUCGGGAUUUCAAGUGACGGGGAUGAUCCAAUAGAGCCAAAAGUCAGACCCAAAAAAAUCCCUAGGACUUCCAGCAAAACCCAAAAAAAUCCAGUGACGGUAAAGCCAAUUGACUGAAUUGAAGCGAUUGAAGUCUUGUACACGGACGGGCACCACGGAACAAUGCAGACUAUUGUAUAACACGUGCGAUGUAAAGUGACACCAUAGUUAACAUUAAACAACAGCAAAACACGUUUGUUUGUACUUUAUUCGCAGAACUACGCAGCCAGGGCACCACCGAUUCUUUUUAAUACCCCCAAAAAAUCCCUACUCAAAUUAAGCUACCCCAAAUAAUACUUGCCAAAUUUUCGUACCCAAAAAAAUCCGGGAAUCGACAAUUUCAAACCCAAAAAAAUCCUUCGAUCAUCCCCGUCACUUAAAAUCCCGAGUACCCCCCCUGGGUUGCAGUUAUUGCUCUUCCACGACUCACAGUUUAUUAAGCAACAAAAAUAGUAAGUAAAACGAUCGACUGACUGUAUCUCUUUCAGUUGCCAUUGCUUCAGUGACUCGGCCAUUGCUUUAAAUCAUCCGCAAGCUCUCACGCUUUACUUUAAACACCAGGUGCUCGUGAAAUUUUUUCAUCUUUUGGGCUCUCUCCUAGAAUAAUGAAAGUAUAUGGGCCCACAAUUUCAGAGAGAAUAGAACAAGGCGGUUAGAAAAAGCCAUUUGUCUUCCUCAGAAUCAGAAAUUGGGACCUCCCUGUCUUUGCUUUUUUGGCUCCAAAACUGCGUGCCUUCGAGCGAUAGAACGUAAGAGCUUCCAACAUGCCUUAAAACCUCAUUCCUGUCGUAGUUGGUAUUAGGAUGGUAAGCCAGGCCGCAAACUUAUGGAAAUCAAUAAGUGCUACUCAAAAUGUUUCUGAAAAUAAACCAAGUAAAUAGAUGUUUUUAUUCAGCUCAGUGAUUUUAUGUAAUAUACGUCAUCGUCGCCUAAGAUCCACUUUUUCUCUUAGCAUUAGAGGACUGCAUUAAGAAAACCUUAUGGUAUCAUCUUAAUCAAAUGAUAACCAAUUUUUCCCGCCGACAUAAUACUUCAGGAUAUACAGUUUGGCUGUGUUAAUAAAACACAUGAAAAUCGUUGCUUUGAUUCUUUUGUAUAAACUACCUCGUAAUUUAUAAUUCUUUUAUCAGACGUCUUUAUUGAAAAAAAAAUCCAUAGGUCCUCUCUUAAUGUUAAAUCAGAUUCCCUUUGCUCUAGAUACAUAGAAACAAAGGAGUCUCGGACAUAAUACCUCCCAAAUGACAAUUCUUAUGAGUAAAACUUGACUGAAAACCAGCCUUAAAUUUUAUAUUAAUUUAAUGACAUCGAGGUCACCGAUUUGAGAGAUUGUCUUUGAUACUUGUGUCUACAAAACAAACCUCGUGACGUUACUGAAGUGAAAUGUUACACAAACAAAUACUAGUAGCUUUAAAAGUGUGACUUUCUCGCAAAGAACUUGUAAAAAGAACACGAUUAUUAACCUUUUAACAUUGCAUUAAAGCAUGAACAUUAGACAACGGUUUACUUAUGCGUUCUCUCCGCAGUGUCAUCCUUGAUUCUCCUUUCACAAUUACCUGUUCAGAUGAGCUUUGUUUUUGCUUGUGUUAAAAGAGAUCUACAAAACAAUCGGCAAUGCUAUGUUUCUGUUGGUUGUUCAAGGUGAAAACAUAUGGGUUACUUAUGACUGAAAAUAUUCAAACGUUAAGAGUUGAAUCACUCAAACCAGACAAGGGGAUUGUUCUGUUGGGGCAUGCACUGAUAGAUGGUUCUUGAAUAACAAAAAGACUUUUUUUGUAAGAUUGGCUCCGAAAAACAAGCUUUAUCGUACAGGUACGUAAAAGAGGAUUCCUUUUUAUAAUAUAUCUUCCGUGUUUACAGUAGAAACACUACCAAAAUGUCUUGCAGCGGUACGCUAAAUUUCAGUUCCCAAUUUUUUUUUAGUCUGGGUAGAGUAGGGUCUUAGUUGCAAUAGCUGAGCGUUAAUUUCUUUUGUAAAUGUGAGACUGUUUUGCUUUCGCCAUAGACCUCUUUUCGUUUCUCAAUGCUUUUUAACGUUUUCUACGUCACAUCUAUCUUGUUGUUUAAGUAACUAAUGGCGAUGCUGCUGGUGUAUUUGUUUGACGAUAUGGUCGAUGGUAAGGAGUGUAGUAUUGAUGCCAUACUUUUAACAGCUAAGAUCGCUGCCUAUAUAUUUGGGAGAAUACAGGAGUUUUUUCAGGGAUUCAACAAUCUACCCUAAGAUAGAAUACCAACUAAUAUUAUGUAUAAACAUUCCGUAAUGAUAUGGUAAUACAUCUAAAUGAGAUAACAAAUUUUAUCUGCUAAUACAGCAACGUGUAUAUUUCCUAUCGACUUAAAAUCGUAUAGGUAAAACUUCGUUUUUAUCAACUCUUGCAACAGAUCUAUGCAUUCGUUGCAUUAUGUUCAAAUACACUGCUGUGAUAAAGAUUGUAUACGACAUGACCUAGAAAAAUACUUGAUGUUAGCACCACCUGCCGUGUUUAUGAAUCUCAUGCUUAUAUCUGAAAUGAUCCGUGCAAUAUGUAAUACGAAAUGACCUGUCUUCUUAGAUUAUAGGGACUGCGCUCCUUGAUCAAGAAGAACUUGUCAAGAAACGAGGUGAAAUGGAAUUUUAAAGUAUUUUUAUAAAAAUUCAUAUUUCGGUCAACCUAUUGAUAGCUGUAAUAAGUCAAAGGUAUUCUCUUCAACGAAAGGGACAGCCUAAAUGCUUUAAGCCCGUUGUGGACUAUCAGCGAUAGGAUGUCUUUCCUUUUGUUGUUUUUCUUUUUUAUGUUAUGGAUUAUCUAAAACAAUGUGUUUUAUGCGUGUAUUUCUCUAAAAUGAAAGAAGACGGAGCUAUGACUAACUCAGUGGACUAGCGUAGAUAUAAUGUCCAUUUCGUAUAACACCACAGUGUGCUCACUUUUGUUAACUUUUACGUCUCAGUACACCUCACAUCCUUGCUUAAGUCUAGAAUCGUUCGUAAUCUAUUAUUUGUUGAUCAAAGGUAAAUCGAGUUAAGUCUUAAUACUUUUGCUUUGAUGAACGUCUUUUAUUCUCGUACUCUAAUGUAAAGAGGAAGUAUUCAUUCAUAAAAACACUUUCGCAAAGUCGUUUCGAAGAAGUUCGAAAACAAAAAUCAAAUUGUAGAGGUUUUUUUUCUUUACCAUUAAGUCAAAUCUGUAAAUAGCUCAAUUCUAUCGAUGAUGUCUUCCAUUCUGUUUAUUACUAUACCAAUCAAGUUCUUAAUCAGUUGUUUAAUAUAAAGGGCAUUUUUUUCUUUUACCUUUUCUUGGAAAAGAAACAUGGUCUUAGAUACUGAUUCACUUGUUUUCAUUACCACAGGUUUGGACGUCUAGCCACGUGAUAUGAGGGGACUGUUAGGGAUUUCUCUUUUAGCAUUUUGUCUCCUUGUACGAGCUAGAGGUGAGAGGUGGCAUAGUUAUUACAUGAGUAUCGUAAAAGGGGCAUGUGCGUAAUAGAAUUCGUACUUCUCUACUUUAUAUUUAACUUAACCUUGUUUUCGUCGCCCACAGCUUAUCUUAUAACUUUGUAAAUAAAGGAGCAAUCUGAUUAUACAUUCUUCUGAUUACUGUUGAAACUGAGUUGUCCUUUUCUCAACUGGCGGACAAAUUAAUUACGUUUUUUCUUAUAUAUUACCUUAUUGCUGGUGGGCUAUCAUGGUGGAAAAAUUAAAAGACUAAACUCUGUUAAGUAGUGGCAUUUAAAAAUUAAAGCUAGCCUCAGCCCUAACGGAGGCUUACCAACAAAGAUUUAAAAUUUCACUUUUCACUUAUUUUCUCUAGCCGUAUUUCCAUUUUCUGUCAUUCCUCUUAUCAACUGCUUUUCUAAUGAUUCUUUAAACGUAUUAAUAGAUAACGACCACAUCACUCCUACGACGUCGUCCUCUCUUUCAGACGGUAAGUACGCGAAUUAUUCACAGUAACUAAACCUGAAAUACAAGAAGACACAUGGGUUUCUCUCUACUAAAGACAUGGUGUUAUUUUCGCCGUCAAUGGCCUCUUGGGAGAUGGGCGGCGCAAGACCUCAAAGAAUAUUAUCAAGCCUGUAUUAGGCACGUGAAGUAUCUCAAUAACUGAAUGUUGCCGUAACAUCAACUGACAGCGUGCGUUUAAUUACAGCUUUUACUGAUAGCAGUGACGAAGCAGCUCCGGCAUCAUAUUCUGAUUCCAAGUCUCAAAACAACAAUGAUUGGCUCACUGAUGAUGAUGACGAUAAUGACGACGAGGACAUGGACGAGAGCCCUCUGAAUGUGCAGCCAGCGGCGAAAGCAAAGUCAUCAAAAUCAAAAUCCAGUGCGCCUCCACUGUCCACUGGUCAGUUCGUUACGAUAGUUCCUAUGCAUGGUUAAAAGAAGUUAAAUGAAUAAUUUACAAUAACGAGUGAUUUCGUGUCCUCUGAUUGGUGGAAAGCUAUGGUCGAUAAGAGUACAAUUCAUGAAAAAUAGUUGUCAAUUUAACAAUGAGGAGAACAAUAGACAGAAAUGGUUGCAAAACGCCCACUUGCAUUUUUAAACUAGGCUUGCUGAAGCUCCCUUUUCUCCUAAUAUACGUUAAAAAACAGUUUUUAUUUCAGUGAGCACGUUUGCAAAAAGAAGUUACUGAAAAGGGACUUUUUCAUCGAGGACUUACGCCCUCACUGUUUGUGGUAAGGGGCUUUGCCUCUGGCCGCCUGUUUUUGUGCAUUACACGCGUAUUAAUCAAGUAACUUUGAAAGGAAAAAAUAAACAGGCUGCUUGCACUUCAUUUUGAAACAAGAAAUUUUAAUCACAUUGUUUCUUUACAGACCAAGUGGCAAACAAGUGUUUUCAAGCACUUAAUCGCGCACGUCUUUUGUUCGGUGCAAACCCUCUCAUCCGCUCACCAACACUUGAUAUUGGAGCCAAAGUCGCGAACGACAAAAUGCAGAAAAGAGGAGUAGUAAAGAAGGAUGCCAGUAUCAAACACGGACAACUGCAGUGUAUAAAAAUGACGAGCUCAAACUCCGUGCCUACAGAAUGCAUAUCCUUCUGGCUAUUGCAAAUGCAAAAUUACGAUUGGUCCAAACCAGCAAUGAAGGACACAAGCAGAUUUUUUGUCACUGCCGUUUACAAAGCAGCCACUCAUGGCGGGAUAGCAGUCAAGAAAGGCCCAUCAGGAAGAUACUUUGUGACAGUGUUACUGGACCCUGCACCUGAUGCUUCAAAGUUGAAGAAGAAUGUAAAAGGAUACUCAGGUAAGCAAUGAACAAAUGAACUUAAAAUCUUUAACAAAGGCUCUGUUUAAGUGGGAAAAGUUGCCCAGGGAAAGAGUGUGACCCUACCAACCGAGUCAACUUUAGCAAAAGUUUAUAGGAGAGAAACGUUUACCCUGGCGCCAGCUUUUCGUCUAGUUGUAGGCCUGGCUGCUUUUCAUUUCCACAUAUCCUGAAAAUUGCACUCAUGACCAGUACGCACUGACCUCACCAACACUUUGAGCUCUUAAGCUUUUUAGCUCACCCCAACCGCAUAAUUUAUUACAAGUGGUAGAGUGAUCAAACCAAAAACUUGUAUGCCGGCGCCUACAGGUCUAUGGGCUGGCUACGCCCCUGCUUUUCCCGAGCCAAGAGCUCGUUGAGUAACCUCGAUACAACGAGUCUGUGAUUUUUAACGUCAAGUGUUUAUACACAGAUUUAAAGCCAGUACUAGCGUAAUAGCACUGGACAGCUACACAUUUUCUAUCCAAGCAAGUGAUUAAAUUUACUUUUUGUUUUUUCAGAUCUGUUUACAUCCGUGGCUGGAGGUAAAUUCUUACUGUUAAUAUCUGUUUGUUACAUUAUUAUUAUGAUAACUAUUAGCAUUGCAUUAUCAUUAUCAUUAUUAUAAUUAUUCAGGUGACACUUCCUCCUCCGACAAAUCUACCACUUAGAUAUGGUUAAAGAGGCACAUCUAAAUAACCUCAUCACUGAUCUGUCUGUUUGAGAUGCACUUAUUUUGUCAAUAAUUCAGUACCAGCGCACUGACAUUUAAUCGAUUAGUGGCGUGUCAGAAACUGAAAAUUCUCACCUAUAUAUAUAUAUAAUUCGAUCUAUUGCUGGUUUUCAGUGUCAUGCCAUUCAAAAUUGAUGAAAAUAAAAAUCAAAACCGUUCAAUAGUUUAAGACCAGAAUCUGGGACAGACAUGAAAGGAGGUAAAUAUACAAAGACCCUCGCCAAGAUUCGGGUCAGAGGAAUAUUUCGUACGCGAGAUAUCCGAAGAAAUGUUUCACCCAAAUUUAUAGACGCCAUGCUGGUACCCACCUAGAUGGGCACCAACUUACCGAGUUUUGUUACAAAAGCGUAAUUUUAUCCCUCGAGGAACUCAUAAACAUUAAAGUCAUAUUUUUUCUAAUACGUUAGCCGUUUAAAUAGCAAAAUUCCCCGAAAUAAAGUCACUUUUUUAACCUGCAUUACAGCUCUUUCGGCCGUCGUGUAAAAGCCGCGUCAACCAAGAACCUUUUUGAAGCGAAAAUUUGUAUAUACAUUAGUUUUCGGUUGCUCUAAUACAUCACGAAAGUAAAAUCUCAGUAGGAUCGACAGUUUUGUAGUUUGAAUUUUAGUGACGUCAUGUGAAAACCAACAAUAAAAACGUUUAAUGCGUAAUGACAAGGUGUAGGAUAAAACCCUUGCUUAACUCAACGGCUCCAAAAACAACAACCUACAGUUAAUCUAAUGGAUCGUUUGAUAAACUGAUAUUUGAUUGAUUGAUUACUGAUUGACUAAUUUAUUUAUUCAUUUUUAAUUGGUUAAUCAGUUCAUUGAUAAUUGAAUUAGCUACCUCGAUACCUAUCUGCAGCUAAAUGCUCUACUGGCUUUACUGACUAUGGUGGCACUUGCUACAAGUUCCACACCGACAAACAAACCUGGUCAAACGCACACGCAGCAUGCCUCAAGGAAUUCGCAGUUCUUCCGGCAAUUGCAAGCAGGGGAGAAAAUGAUUUUUUCAAGCAGGGCCUUUUAAAGGGCAAGAAAGGUUUCAGUUGGCUCGGCUUUAAUGAUCGCCUUGCGGAAAGUAUGUACAUGGCCGUUGAUGGAUCGCAAAUAAGGUUUAUGGACUGGGAAAACGGACAGCCUACUGGCAAGAAUGAGAACUGCGUUGGCUUCAACAAGGAUGCUAAAUACGGAACAAUGGCUGACUAUCCCUGUACUAAACCCAGCAACUAUGUGUGCAAAAAGCCACUAGAGGGUAAGAAAAUUCCACAAACAACUUGACGUGCAUAUAUAUUAUCAGAAACAAGAGGAUAAAGAAAAUGAUAUCUGAUAGCAGUGAAUAAAUAUUAAUUAUAAUUAUUUUUUUCAUCAAAGACUUUCGCUUCCCCUCCCUUCCAAACCGAGGCUAAGAGAUACUCGCAAAUUGGCUUAAUUCUCACUUUUCCAGCUAGCGGGUGGUCAUGUUGUUCUAUCGGCAGUCCCCUGAUCAACCGUUUUCUCGUAACUUUUUUUUUGCCAAUAAUUCCAGGUGACAUAACCUUCAUCGUCGAGUUUGUAGUGGAAUCAAUGGUAUGGCUAAACGAUUUUAGUAACAGUGGUUCUCUCGCUUAUCAACAACUGUCAGCAAAGUUUCAAAAGGCGGUAGGUAAAAAGUUUUUAAUUGAAGUUUUCCUGUAGAUGACUAAAGCCGCUGUUCCCAGGGGUAGAGGCGAACAAAUAUGGGUAGCUUUUUGAGAGAGGGGUGACUUCUUUACGAAAGCGUAAGGAUGUUAUGAUCUUAGGUAUUAAUAUUUCUUCUUUAUUUAUUAUUUAGAUACAAGAAGUAUACAAGAAAGCAGGAGUAACAACCUUUAAGAGUGCUGCUAUUCAAUCUGUCAGGUUGGUUAGGAACUAACCCUUUUGCAUAACGAAUCCUUCUACAAAUACAAUAAAAACGUAACGCCUAAAACUGCUAAAGUUUUGUAUGGGGUUGGUUUCACAUUAGCAUUCCAUCUGACAGUAAGAACCUGACACAUGUAUAUAUAAAUGGAAAAUUGACUUCAUAGCAAAAUUAGUUUUACUGCGAAAGGAUCAACAAUAUAAAUAAAAUACUGCUUUUUAACCCUGUUGGUUAAUACAUAUUUUUGCGCUAACGCGAGAGAAUAUUUAUUCAUCUUAAGUAUAAAAUAGGCUUAUCACCAUACUCACUGAUGAACUGUACUCAUGUUUUCAGUAACGGUCUACCACCACAGCCUGCUGUUCAACCUUACCAAGCUUACAGCUACCUUGGAAAGCGUCAAGUUACGGCUAUUAAGGUCACACCAGCACCAACAACUCCUCCGAAACCAAAACCGAGUGGUGGAGCGUCUCCUAAGCCUACUCCAGCCAAGCCAACGACUAAAGUUCCUACCACAAAGUAUGAACUGAUGCUAGUCAAACUAAUUUUGUAGUUCCAAGUGGCACAUUAAUUUUUAAUGGGUGUAGCUAAUGAGUCCCUGAACCAAAUCCCGAAUUAGGCAAUACCAGCUUUCUUUGAAACCUAGAGGGUCCUGAAAAUUUGUAGCUGUUGUAACUUUCCCCAUAAACAAUGAUUACGUCACCUUUCACUUCCUAGUCUCAAAUCAAGCUCAAUAAAUUGGGCAAAGGAUUUCAGCUAAUCCACAGGAACUUAAGAACCAAGAUAACAAAAUUUAACCGCAGUCAGUAAUGAAAAUAUUUUGAUGACAGGAGUUUCUUCUGUUUUGCUUAAAGAUUUAAGGGCAUUCGCUUAACAGAACCUAAAUGCUUUUCUUAGACCCAAGGCAAAAGUUACAGUUAAAUUUGCUAUGACCUUUGGACCAAGUGGCUUACCCCUGGAUCCAACUGCAGCCUUCCAAGAGUACCUAAAAGCUAACGGCAACAAGCUGCCAGCACCAAUGAAUGAAGCGAUUAAACUGAAGUCAAUCAGUGUUGCACCUCCAGGUAUGGUGAUGCAAGGAUCGAAUGUUCGGGGCACUUGUUCUGAUUUGCUGCGUAGAAAAUACUGACUAUUGAUAGCAUUUUGCAGAAUAACAAGCACUCAAAUUAAAUCGGCCAAUUUCCUUUUUGCAGCAAGACACAGUGUGACGGUGACCAAAAUGUUCCAAUACUUCCUCCAAUAAAUUAAAGAAUAAUGUUAACUAACUAGAUACGAAAUCCAGGAAGUAAGAAAACUGAAAGACAGAGUGAAGUUGACUUUUCAUUGGUUACGCUAGCUAUUCAAAAUUAACUUAAAAACAAUACACCGCAUUGUAAGAACAAGGACGGAUAAUCUCUCAAUUUAUUUCUACACACUUCAUUAAUUUUUUUACUUAUUUCUCGAAUUUUCUGCCGUCAAUCAUUUACAGUCACAAAGUUUGCUUUAAAAUUACGAUUGAUAAAAGUUAAAAUGCACAAAGUUUACAGUGUACUUACACAAUAUAUUACGAAAACGUGUGCGUUUUUUAGGUACUGUGAGCAGCGUGACCUGUCCUCCUAUCUGCUCCACCUCCUGUAUCUCGAGUUGUGCACCCAGCUGCUGCUACUCGGCAGCUCCUGCCCCAGCACCCCUCUAUGGCACUCCGCCCUGUGUACCUUCUCCACUGAAUCCAUGUCCACCACCUCAAGCUGCAGCACCAACUCCACAACCUCGACAGUCAAAGGUUAACGCCAAACGACCGGCUUCAAAGUGUAAUCCAGCUACCGGAGCCUGUGCAACUACAUCGCUUUAUCCUUUUCCAGCACCCGCAUAUCCUCAAUUUCCAGCGCCCUCACCUUGUAUUCCAACUCUAGCUAACAACUGGUGUAGGUCAAACGUGCUUGCCAAGCCCCCUGCAGUCAACAGGUUUAUCCGAAGGCCUGUCACUUACAGGUAUCCUCUUCGCCCAUACAGAAGUAACCUGCCUAAAAUGGUAUCAGCAAAACCAGUUUCCCGAGCUGUCCUUCCAAUGCCUCAAGCUGGUGGAUAUGGAGGAUUUAAUCCGUGUGCUCAGCCACCGUGCCCACCAAUGAUGAUGCCACCACCUCCACCACCGCAGCCUAUGAUGAUGCCUCAGUACCCGAUGCAACAGGCAAGUAACAAUUAUAAUUUUCGUUGUAAGGUAACCCCUCAAUAUUACCGUCAGUUAUCGGAAAUAGAUAGGACUCAAAAACAGUGUUUUCUCUUAAUUUCCGUUAUGAGCUAAUUGAACCACUUAAUAUUACUGCCCGAUGUCGAAGACAGGACUCAAAACACAGUCUUUUCUCGUAAUUGGUCGUCAUAUCUAAUUAUAUUUGUGGUUUUAUGAUUUUUGUUUUACCCCUUCAACAGAUGGCGCCACCCUGUGUUUCAACUCCUUUCAACCCAUGCUCACCACCUGCACCACCUCCACCACCUAAAAAACCUCAACCAAAGAAACCUGCAGGCAAAGUGGCGGUACCAAAAAUGGUUAACCUUCAAGGCUGCACCUAUCCACCUUGCAGCAUGAUGAUGCUUCCACCACCUCCUCCUCUUCCAAUGCCACCACCUCCCAUGCCCAUUGCACCACCUUGUGGUGGGAUGUUCACACCUCCCUGCCCACCUCUCUCUCCCCCAAAAGCAGGGAGCACCAAGUCUAAAAGCAUAGCUCCCAAACCAGGAUGCACUCCAACACCUUCAAAUCCGUGCGCACCACCAAUGCCUAUGCCUAUGCCCAUGCCCAUGCCAAUGCCCAUGCCAAUGCCCAUGCCCAUGCCACAGCCAAUGCCGAUGCCACCACCGAUGCCAAUGCCAAUGCCAAUGCCGAUGCCGUGUGGUACUACACCAGCAAACCCAUGUGCUAAACCGGUCAAGCCAAAACCACCAAAGCCGAUGACAAUCAAACUACCUGCCAUACAGAUCCAGGUUCCUCAGCAGCAACCACUUCCAAUGGUUCCUCCCAUGGCACCACCUAUGCCUUGCCCACCACCCUGUGGACGCCUUCCAGCAUGUCCAAGUAUGUGUCCUCCGACAUGCUGCCAGAAAAGAUUAGGACGACGAUCAGUUAAGUCAGCCAAAGGAGAAUAAAGAGAUUUGGUCUUGUUCCGACCGAUAAGAUUUAACAAAAAUAUCGCACUAACAGCCACAAAAGUCACAAACUUUUAGUGUUCCAUUUUCUCAUUUUUGAGCUAACGUGGUUCAAACGUUAAUUAAUGGACCGUGUGUUCUAACGCGAAUUAAAUUAACAAAAUGAGCCGCUGAGAGAAAGCUUAAAAUCUAACAAACAUACAAGAGACAUAGUUCCUUUACCAACCACCGUAUAUAUUAUACUAAAGUGUAAUUAGUGUUAUAAUCCAAAAUUAAUAUCACUUCUUUAGGUUUUACUUCUUUUUCACCUUCUGGCGGUGGUUUGGUAAUGGUCUCACGUUACUUUUAUUUCUUAAUAAGAAAGCAAUAACUUAUCGACGGAGUUAGGGCGACUGGUGUAUAUGUAUAUUUUAUUUUUGGUUCAGUUAAUAUGUUGUAAAUUUAAUACUUAGUUCUUAAGAGAUUUCAGUAAGACUUUACUUACAAGGGCUCCAUAACAGGACAAAGUGGUCGUUUUGAGUGACUGCAAGAACGUAAAAUAGAGAAUAAAGCUAUAGGC